UUAUCCAGAAUCGCGUAAUUUGAGUUCAAAAGCCUCUGCUUUGGCACAGGCAGUGCGUCAAACACCGUCUCUCAGGACCCACAGCAGAAGUGCGGAUUUCAAAUUUUCAAAACAAACCUGACUUGUUUGGACGUGUUUACCACAUGAAGCCGAGCGAAGCACACCGCCUUUUCUUAUUACACAGAACUUAAAAAUAACAACAUGGACGCAAAAGAGAAGCACCCUGAAGAUGAAUCAAACUCAAUUGUAAAGCCAUAUGAUCCACGAAAGCCAGCUUCCAUCGAUGACUUCAUGAUCCUGAAGCCCAUCAGCCGGGGAGCCUUUGGAAAGGUGUACCUUGCACGGAAAAAAUGCAAGCCAAAUGCUCAGCUCUAUGCCAUCAAGGUGAUGAGGAAAGCCGACAUGGUGGAUAAGAACAUGACGGGCCAGAUGAAGGGAGAGAGAGAUGCCCUGGCCAUCUGCAAAAGUCCCUUUGUGGUCCACCUGUACUACUGCCUUCAAACGGCCACUAAAAUCUUUCUGGUCAUGGAAUAUCUCAUUGGUGGCGACGUUAAGUCUCUUCUCCACAUCUAUGGUUAUUUUGACCAGGAUAUGUCUGUGAAAUACAUUAUAGAAGUAUCACUGGCGUUGGACUAUCUGCACCGUCACAAUAUAAUACACAGGGACCUGAAACCUGACAAUAUGCUGAUCUCCAACGAAGGACACAUCAAACUGACCGACUUUGGUCUUUCUAAAGUUAAGCUGGAUAGAGAGCUGAAUCUGUCAGACAUCCUGACCACCCCUUCCCUGGCCAAGCAGGAUAAACACUACUCUCGAACCCCUGGCCAGGUCCUCUCCUUGAUCUGCUCUCUAGGAUUUAACACACCAGAAGCGGAGUACCGGCGCAGCUGUAGCGCGUCAGCGGUGCCCAGCCCCAUGUCAUGUGACCGCGCCGAGCGCAAGAAGCAGGCCCUGUGCUCGCUGCAGGUCAAGAGGAAGAAGAAUCGAAUGUUCGGGCCCGGUGGCUCCUCCCAGAAACGCGCGGCCAUGAAGCGCAUGUUCAGCCCGCACUACCUGGGCAAGAACCUGGCCCCCACGCUGCUGAAGACCCGGCGGAGGUUCGAGACCAUGAGCGCCGUCAGCAACACCGAGUCGGAGGGCGAGUGCAGCCCGCUGUGGGAGUGUGAGGAGAAAGAAAACCAACCUGUAAGCAACAUGGCCGUGGGCGAGGGGCCUUCCGACACCCAGCCGACGAAGACCGAGUCCGUCUGUCCCGAUGCAGACCGGGGCCUCGAACUGACCUCGUCCGAUAAGUUCAAGUUCUCAGCCGAGGCGGCCUCCGGACCGCCCGCACACCCCACCACCGCACCCCAGGGGAACGACCCCCAACCGGGGUCGGACGGUCAGGCGGCCAGCCCGGCGCCCGGCAAGAGGACGUUCUCGGACGUGGAGAAGAGCCCCGAGGCGGCGGCGGGGGCGGCGGGGACCCAGGCCAAGCGGGCCAACACGGCCUACGAGGGGGCCUUCCAGACCCCCCCGGAGGAGAGGUCCUCGGGGCUCACCGGGGCGUUCUCCACCGUCCUCCUGGAGGACCUCAGGGCUUCCCCCGGCAUCUCCAGCCCGCUCGGCGUCACCAAGAACCUCUUCGGCGAGCUGCACGACCCCGCGGAGGACGUGUUCCUGGCCCCGGGGCCGGAGGACUCCAGCUUCACCUCGGACCAGGAGCUCUGCCGCAACCUGUGCCUGGACUCGGACGGCUCGCAGAACGAGAGCUCCGUGCUCGUCGGCGAGAGCCCCACGUCGGAGGCCUCCAGCCCGUCCUGCCGCCGCCGCUCCACGCCGUCCCCGGGCGCGGAGCGCACCGGGGGCCGUGAGGCCUCGACGGAGCCCACCCCGCAGAGGCCCAACCUGUUCCGCCGGGGGGAGCUCCAGUCGCCCUGCCUCGGCCGAGUGCCGGCGGGCACGACCACCCCGCCUUCGGCCGCCCAGUCGCCGUGCUUCCUGAAGCCCCGGCCCGGGGUGGCGUUCCGCAGCUACUGCAGCUCCAUCAGCCGCUCCAACUUCUCCAGCCACUCGGUGGAGUCCAUGGACACGUCCUCCAUGCCGUCCUUCGUCACGGGCGGCGUCACGCCCGUCCAGAGGACGCACAGCUCCAACGGCUCCCGCUAUCAGACGCCCCAGCCCAUGACGCCGUCCCACACCCCCUUCAGGACCCCCAAGAGUGUUCGCCGGGGCCCCGUGCCGGCCCUGGGGGCCCAGAUACUGGGCACCCCAGACUAUCUGGCCCCGGAACUCCUGCUGGGCAAACCGCACGUUUCAGGAUACGGUUGUUGUGACUUCAUGGUGGACUGGUGGGCCCUGGGGGUGUGCCUGUUUGAGUUCCUCACGGGCGUGCCCCCCUUCAACGACGAGACGCCGCAGCUUGUCUUCCAGAACAUCCUCAACCGAGACAUCCCGUGGCCAGAGGGAGAGGAGGAGCUGUCCGGGAACGCCAGGAGCGCCAUCGAGAUCCUGCUGACCAUGGACGUGACCAAGCGAGCCGGCCUCAAGGAGCUGAGCGGCCACCCUUUGUUCGAGGGCCAGGACUGGGACGACAUCCAGAACCAGGCCAUGCCCUUUGUCCCCCAGCCGGAGAACGACACGGACACGUCCUACUUUGAGGCGAGGAACCAGGCCCAGCACCUUGUCGUGUCCGGGUUCAGCCUCUAGAGACCCCCCCACACCUGGGUUCAGCCUCUAGAGACCCCCCGCACCUGGGGUCAGCCUCUAGAGACCCCCACGCCUGGGUUCAGCCUCUAGAGACCCCCGCACCCGGGUUCAGCCUCUAGAGACCCCCGCACCUGGGUUCAGCCUCUAGAGACCCCCACGCCUGGGUUCAGCCUCUAGAGACCCCCGCACCUGGGUUCAGCCUCUAGAGACCCCCGCACCUGGGGUCAGCCUCUAGAGACCACCACGCCUGGGAUCCUUUUGGGUUUUACAGGCAGAGGCGAUUUUAAUUUUAGCAUUUGAUUAUCCUUGGGUGGUGGGGGGGGCGUGUGUGUGUGCGUGUGUGUGUGUGUGUGUGUGUGUGUGUGUGUGUGUGUGUGUGUGUGUGUGUGUGUGUGUGUGUGUGUGUGUGUGUGUGUGUGUGUGUGUGUGUGUGUGUGUGUGUGUGUGUGUGUGUGUGUUUCUGUAGUUUUAAAAGGUUUUAGCAACGGUUUCACUAGGAAUAAAUGUAGGUCGAAAAGACUUGGAACAGGAGACUAUAUUUGUCUUAAUAUUUUUUCUUUUAACCAAACGAUUGGAUGGUUCUAAAUCUCUAGUGAAUAUUGCUUCAUGAUAAUGUAUUGCUUGCUACUGUAAACCAGUUGCCCUCGUUUUUAACAUUACAGUUGUCUAACGAUAUGUGUUUAGAAUGGAUCAUUAGUGGUCUCCUCUUCAACAUCAAUAAGUAGUUCUUUGUUAAUAAGCAGCUUGUAAAAAAAUAAGGAAAUCAUUAAUAUAUUCAUGUUGUAUAGUACCCAUGCACUUCUUCAUUUUUAAAGUAAACGUCUUUUCUUGUAUCGUGUUUUAAAAGAUUUACAGUUUAUGAAGGAAAUGGUUUUCCUUUAGUAAUGGUCACCGAAUGCUGUAGCUGCUCAUAAAGUUUUAUGUUUCUCUACGUGACAAUGACAAAUAAAAUGGA